AUCACACAUCUUGCCUCAAGGCAGAGGCUCAGCUCCAAGAAAAAUCUCCUUAACGCCUGAGAACGACAUUUAGAAUGCUUCAACCUUUGCUUCUAUUGACCUUCACAUCGAUCUGUGCUGCUCAAAAUGGCAUCACAGUGUCGGUGUUCACGGUCACAUCUAAGAGCAUAACGGUGCAGUGGAGCAGCUACUCUGGUGCCAGCUCCUACAAGAUCACAGCAACACCCAAGAACUCCCCGGGACGGUCCGUCUUCGCUCAGUUCAGUGGCAACUCCGUGAUGGGCUCAGUCAUCUCCCUGUCACCAAACACGAUGUACAGCCUGCAGCUAGAAGCCAUGGACAGUGCUCUCAAUGUCCUCAGCCAUGCAGAGACGGAGGAGACAACAGCUCCUGAAAUCCCCAGCAUCCAACAGGCCUACUCCAAGCACAGCGACAGCGUCACUGUGGAGUUCACGGAGGUUGCCGGGGCAACCAGCUACACCCUUAGGGCAGAGUCGAAGACAGGUGAUUUCUUCUCAGAGAUCACGGUGGGCAGCUCCCCAGGCACCAUGGUGAAGCUCCAGCCCUACACGGACUACAAGCUGAGUGUCAUGUCCGUCAACUCGGGGGGGAGGAGCCAGCCCUCGUACCCCGUGGAGGCCAGGACAGUGGUAAUGGCGCCCAUGUUGAACACCACAUCUCCCGACAAUGGCACUAUCCUGGUGACUUGGCCCCCGGUGAAGAACGCCGUCCUCUACACGCUCUGCAUCAUCCGGGAGAGCUCCAGCUCCCGCGUGAAGCUCAACACCACAGACACAGCGGUGACCUUUGACGGCCUCGAAGCGGGGACCACCUACUGCAUCAAGGGCACCGCCUGGGACUCUGAGGGAAAAGCCGGAGACGACCUCACUGUCUGCCAGAUCACACGUCCCCCAAGACCAAACGUGACCUUCGUCAUGGUCUCUCCGGGUCGGUCUCUCGGGAUCGAUGUGUACUGGGCGGUGGUGCAGGGAGCGGAGAAAUACAUGGUCCGGACCACUUCUGGACAAAACUGCUCUUUAACAGUGAACAGUCACUGUUAUAUUACACCUGUGGAGUGUGGCCAGAACCAAUCAGUCGUUGUUAAAGCCUACAACAGUGCUGGCGCCAGCGAACCCUCGCAACCAGCCGACUACAUCACAUAUCCAUGUCCCCUGGAGUACAUCUGGGUGGAGGAGCCUGAAGCCGGGAACUGCUCAGUGGUGUGGGAGGAUGUGCCCCUGGUGGAGCACUACAUGGCUUUCAUAAAGAGGGACGACGGGACCGAGAAGUCAUGCAACACCACUGGAACCACGUGCCCAUUUUCCUGCUUGUGUGGCUACAGCUACCUCACCACCGUCUUCCCCUACAACCAGGCCGGCUCCAGCCCUUACGCACAAGUCCGCAACUACACCACCAUUCCUUGUUGCCCUCAGGAUGUUACCGUGAAGCUAGUUUCCACAGAGACGCUGGAGGUCAUGUGGCCGGAGGUCAAAGGGGCCGAGCUCUACGAGACGACGGCGGCACAGACGAAUGAUGUCAUCCAUUGUAACGACACAGCGCCGGUGUGCGCACUGUCCGAUUUGAGGUGCAACACAGCUUAUUCUGUGACCGUCACGCCUUGCAGCGAGCUACGAGGAUGCAACCGCACGUGCGCACCGAGCACCCAUGAGACAGCUCCGUGCGCUCCAGAGAUCCUGAAUAUGAUGCAGAGCGACAACUCCACAUUCACGGUCCUCUUUACUAACCCCAACAACCCAAGAACAAACUACACCAUCACAGCUGUUGGACGCUAUGGCUCCCACACCUGCCAGUCAACAAACAACUCCUGUCAGCUCACACAGCUGCCCUGCGGUUCGACCUAUGAGGUCAUGGCUGAGGCCACCACAACGGUGGGGAGGAGUCUACCUGGAUACAGUAAAACUUUGGAAACGGGUCCUUGCUGCCCCAUGUAUGUGAACGUCACCCAGGUGACCCAGGCGAUGACCAACGUGACCUGGUCGCCUGGAGGCGGCGCUCGCUCCUACGUCACCGCACUGACGUCCCCCCGCGGACACGCCAAGUGCCACACCCUGGACAGCCACUGCCUGAUGGGGUGCAUCACCUGCGGCACCAACUACAGCGUCAACCUGGAGGCCAUCAGCAGCACAGGGCACAAGUCAGAGUGCACAUACCGUGGAUUCUCAUCCAGUGCCUGUUGCCCGACAAGCGUGAAGCUCUACCGCAGGGCCGACAACUCGCUGCGGGUGUACUGGCGCUCUCCGGGCGCUUGGAUGCUGAACCACACGGUGGAGCUGAACGGGACGGCGGCCGACUACGCGUGUGUCGCCGCCGCCGGCAGCAACUACUGUGACAUCGAGGAGGAGACGUGCGGGGACGUCUACACCGUAGUGGUGGCCCCGGUGGGACGGAACGGGGUCCGAGUCAACUUCUGUCGACCCAGGAGAUACUCAGUUCUCUGCCCAGGAAGUAAUGCUGGUAUGGUGAUCUCUAGUGGAAGACAACUUGUGGGUUGAUUCUGCGCCCACAAGAACAGAAGACUGUGCUUACACCAACAACAACUGUAAAGACCCAAUGUACCAAAAGGAUUGUUUAGGAAUUCUUGUUUUUGGUGUUACUGCAGUAGAGAGUCUGACUGUUCCCGCUGAAUAAAUCUGAGACCAAAAAAAAAAAAACACUGCACUACAGCAUUUCAAUUCAUAGAGGAGGUCUUUCAAUGAAUAACUCUUGGCAUGUAUACAAUGUUUUGAAUAUACUUACAAAUUGCUACUUUUUAUAACAGGCUGCAUGUUUUUUGUUGCAUGUUUAAUCAAUGCAGUUGCUCUCUCAUAAUGAUGUAACCUCAACAUGUAAUGACACCAAGUAAAUAUAAAGAAGAAGCCGAAAUAUCAAGUUUACUGUGAAGUCGCAGGUAAAGUCAUUGAAAGACCAAAUCUAUUCUAAAUAGGAUCUUAGGACUCAUCAAGUAGAGGACCCCCACCCGGCAGUCAGUGGCCUGACAUCGAACACAGAGGGUCAGCUGAAGUGGGGCUGCAGGUAUCAGUACGUCACUCCUGUGCACGUUUGAUCGGAUCGCUGCAGAUAGAUUCGCCGUUGGGUUUUCUUUUCUCGCUGUGGAGAACAACAAUAA